AGACUCCUGCGGGUGACUCACUCUGGUGCUCUCGCUUUUCCAUGCUGAGUGAGAACCAGCACUGGACCCACUGCACUCAUCACAUGCACUUUUCGGGAACCGUGUAGCCGACGGAGAGCAGCGUCCCCCCCCACCACCCCCCCACGGACACACACACACCAUGGCUCCCCAGGCUCUGCGCGCCCUCUGCGGACUCAUCCUCGCGGCCGCGGCCAAUCUCCACGUCGCGACCGCACAGAAAAGUCAGUGUGGCAGGUCCGAGUUUUGGAACUCAGAUUUGGAUAUGUGUGUGCAGUGCGCGUCGUGCAAGCAGUACCCCAAGACCCCGUCGUGCAACACAUGUAUACCUGCGGAGGUCACACCGGAUGUGUGGAAACUUGCGGCCAUCACCAGUUUCUCGGUGCUUGCCGUCGUCCUGGUCGGCGCUGCCUUGAUUAUCGGGGUCAUGGUGCAUCGACGCAAGUCCCACAAACGGCCUCUACGUGAACCCAUUGAAGAAACUGCGGGGCCACUUUAUCAAGCUUAAACAUUUCACCUCAUCUUCCUCUGGAAACAGAUGUGACGGAACCGAGCAGCGACCAGCACACAGCUGGACGCAGGAACCUCUGGACCACGAAGCGAAUACUCUGAACGCAGAGUAUCUUCUGACGAGAAUCGGACCAGUUUUUAUUUAUUAGACGGUUGAAGGGAUCACUCAGUCCCCUAGCAACCACAGGACUUAACAAUGAGCAACUCUCACACCGUAACAUUAUAUUAGAGUGGUAUCAUUUUCAGACCACGUGUGCCUCUAUAUUCAAUGUAAAUGAGAUCAUGAUCCAGAAUAUCCUUUGUGGGUUUAAACUUUAUAUAGAUAUUUGAUUCAGCAUCAGGACUAACCUACAAACCCACGCUCCUGUUUAGUGUUGUGCUGUUCUCCAGCAGGAAUUCAAUGAAUGUAACACAGCUUGUGCCUUCUGCUGGGCUGCAGUCCCAUCCCCUGCUCUUCUGCAGGGUGACAAGGGGUCUCCCUGCUGGUUAUCUACCACAACAGCCUCUUCAAGAUAAUCCAUAUGUGAGCAAGACAAACUGUUUGGCACAUUAAGGCCAUUUGAAUGUAGCUAUAUGUAGGUGAAAUGUAUUCUAGCCUUUGUCCCUGACUGCACCUCCAGCUGUCCUACGUCCCUUUAGACCAACACAGGCCCUUUACUGCAGGUCAAAAUAUGUUUUAUUUUUUUCAGUUUUAAGGUUUUUCAGCUGACUUUUUAUAUUCUCUUACUAUUCCAUCCCCAGAAUUCACGUUACCGUCCCAGCGUUAGCAGCACAGGAUGCUUGAAACACUAGAAACACACAAUGCCAGCCUACUAACAAGAGCAAAGCAUGUACUGAACUGAAGAGAGCGACACCCACAGUGUUUCACGGCGAAAGUUACACAAUCACAACUAACUCGGACUUGUGGAUUGAUGAUCCUCAACAACAACGAUAAAAGGCGAUGCAUCAUGUCGAGAUGUCAGUAAUUUUGUGGCCACUGAAACCAGUGAAAAACAUGGUGGGGCAGGAUUGUUGUUUUCCACUUUUUCUCAAAGUGUUUUUAUUGUUGUUUUUUUUUCAUCUUCCGACCAUCUUGCUGUAUGUGGUCACUGACAAUGUUUCAGGUCUGCUUUUUGGAUCUGUCUGCUUGUGGGUGAAACGCUUGCCCUGUGGCAGCGACAUUAGGGAAUCCCUUCAAAUACAGAUCCGUCCACAUUUCUAUUUUUGUGUUUAGAUUGUUUAUAUUAUUUAUUUGUAAGUGUCUCGCAGUGUAGCAUUGUUUCAAACUGCGAGGGACAAGCACAUGUGUAAAGGGACUCCAGUGAAGAUUUUUCUUUUAAAUUUCUACUCGGCCAGCCAGCGAUGUUACUGAGCAAUAACUAACACUUCCUGCUUAUUCCUCAUGCUUCCUGUCUAACUGUAUAUACUGUACAUGCACUGGCUUCUUUUACUUAACGCAAUCCUAUAAACCGCUUUGUGUACCUAAAGUAUUUUCACAAUAAAACUGACAAUUUAAUAA